AUGAGUAAACGCUACCAAAAGACUGUUUUCUUGAGCACUCGUACCCACUCGCCCAGCCCUCCGUCGAGUCCGCCGCCACCACCGCCUCCACCGGUAAUACCUACCGGCGCUCUCAGUCACUAUCGGUCCGUGGAAACUAAUCGCGAAAUCUCUGGACUUAAGUAUGACUUCCGCUAUAAGUCGGAAAUCAAUAAGAUUUGCGGCAAACCGUCCGAGAAGUUGAUCGAAAUCCCGAUGACUAGGGAUGUGCCCACCAAACCACCCAUCAGUUCACAGACCACUGUUAUGUCGUAUAAAAAGGGCUGCGAGCUAUUCCAGUCGAUGACUAUUGACAGCAAAUAGUAAAUGAUUAAUUGUACCCGAGUAUUGAGCCCGCAAUAGCACCAGACACACACACC